CUUGCAGCGGAAUUGCAAUACAAGGCUUCUUUGUGGACCUGCACAAACCUAAAUAGCUGUAGAAAUCAACCCUGUUCUCUUUCAAGACUCCAAGUAAAAGUCUGCUCUGGUUUUCUUGUUUCAGAAAUAAAGUUGACCAAGAACAGGAACAAGAUGGCGUCUGUGCUCCAAAAUGUCAAAGCAACCGUGGUGUGGCGGAAACACCAGCUCCUAGCUGACCUCAAUGAGAAUGAGAGCCCUGUGCCUGACAAAUUCAAGAGAAGGGCCCCUCUGAGUUCUCUCAAUACCAUUCGCAUGUCUUUAAGGAAACGGGUACCAUUAAAGCGAGUAGAGCUGAAUUUUCAUAAAACCCUAACUAGGGAAAGUCUGGAACCAAGACAGAGGUGCCAAACUCUUCACACUAUUAAAAGAACAGCAAAAUCUGCUUUUGGAACAGUGUCCCAGAAAACACAGAAGUCUUGCCAAAGCCCAGUACGCUCAGUGGUGACCCUUCCAGCUGAACCCAGCAGCAGCAGCAGCUCUGCGACCAGUUCUAUCAAAAAAAGAAGCACUACACCUCAAACACCUUGCUAUAAGAGUGUUACUCCAGCAGCCACUUCCAAAGGCACUCCAAGGUCCAGCAAAAGGGCCUUGCUUGGGCCAACAGGGGUGUCAGAACAUAGAGAAUGGCGGGAUUUCUCAUCCUGGCUUGGUAAAAAUGCUGUCUCACUCCGGAGAUCCAGAAGAGCAGCAGCACUGAAGAGCCCUUAUUCAUCACCUGCUACUUCCAGCAGAAAGAUAGAGUUUGACUGCGAGUUGGAACUGGUCUCCUCAGGGAUUUGCCAACUGAAGUGUAUCUCCCAAGCAUUCGAUGAUGCCAUUGUGAAAGAGGAGAGGCAAGAAGCAAUAUCAAACUACUACUAUCUAAUGGCACAAAACUCACAGUCUGUACAUCCAUCCCUGAAACUGUCUCAAGCUAUCAGAAGGCAAGCAAAGAAACUCCAUCAAGCACUUGGUACCUAGACAGAGAUGGCUGUAACUGUUUUUUCAUGUUUCCAAGUUUAUGAGCACAUGUAAAGGAGAAGUCUGUAGAGCACCUGAAAGGCUGCACUCUAUACACUUAAAUGAGCCAUUACACUUUUCUUUUUUAUGAAGAAGCUCAGGACUUCCCUUGCUUUCUCUUUUCAAGUAAAGAGAGAAUCAAAAUACACCAAGCACAGUGUAUUAUCUCCUGCUGAGAUGAGGGAACAGUCUUGAAAGUGACUUGCAUUAGGGAGUAAGUACA